AUGGAUGGUGAGGUUCAUUCGUUAUAUACAACGGCUCUAAACGAAUUUGCGCGAAUUCCUAUCUUUCCUUAUUUGCAGCUCUGUCAUAUGGUACUUUGCGCGAUGAAACUAAGAAAAGAGCAAGAAAUUAUGCAGAUAACCCGAACGUUUCCGUUGGCUUCCUUUGUAUCAUUCUAUUUUACUACAGUUUCUGGUACAAUUUUGGCUAACUUUUUUACCGGUAACCGUAUCUUCCAACCGUUAGAAAGUAGUGACAAACUCCUGAUGGCGCUCUUGAUAUGGUACUUGUUUUUUUGGGGACCUGCUGAUAAAGUCAUGUCAGUAGCGAGCUGGAAGCCUGUAAAGAUCAUUAUUACAUCAAUGAAAAUGAUGAAAACUGCUAAGGAUGUACUAAUUGGCUCAAAGUUGGGGUAUACUGCAAACCCAUCAUCUAUCAUAGCAACGGUUUUACCUGCGGCCAGCAAAAGCUGUGGAGGCUCUAUGUUUGGUCCCAUACACAGAAUGUUACGUGGUUCCUUUAAAAUCGAAGAUUAUAAGCAUGAAUUGCUAAAGCCAUCAUUGUAG